UUUUUUCAUAAUUAACGAACUUUAUAAUUAAAGGCAGUUUAUUACCUUUUUAAACUUUAUAAUUAAAUGUAAUUAACGAAAUAACUCGUAAUUGAUUAAUAAAUGAAAUCCACAAUGAGCUAAUACAUCGAAAAGUGAACUAACAGUGUCGAAAACAUUUUUGUAUAGUGACUUAGGACCGGAUACCUGUAUCGGUGUACAGACCAUUUUGUUCUUCUCAGCUUCGGGUACAGAUAAUGUGUGUGUGUAAAUAUGAGAAACAGGUUUUGUGAUAUUGCUCUCAGUCAAUUCGACCCAGUACUACUGAACACGUUGAAGCAAGAGAUGUCACAAGGGAUCGAAAGGUUCUUUAUCCUGUCGUACUGCCUGGCGUGCUGCUGGCCAGCCUUCUCCAGCGCAGCCAAGGAGUUGCGGAUUGUGAGGCAAUGGUCUCAGCUGGACUUUGUCUUCCCCAACGAAAUAGCCAUGGGCGUGGCCAUGGAGAGACGGUACUAUGUGCCGGGGAAUUCCGUUCCUAUUGAUGUCGAUGUUCAUCAUCGACAAGGAGCGCUGAAAUCCCGCAUCUUCAUCACGAUCCCGCGGUUCGACGAGGGCCGGCCGGUGACGCUGGGCACGGUGGACGACCAGGGCCGCGUCUCCGCCUAUCCUGACUACUCCUGGCACGACAACCAGGGCUCCAACUGUAAUGGCCUAACGUCUGUCUUCAGAACAGCUAUAGACGAAUGCAACCGGCUAUGGGUAAUGGAUACGGGCAAAAUCGGUGACACGCAGUACUGCCCUCCGAAGCUACUGGCCUUCGACCUGAACACCGACAACCUCAUCUACCAGCACGUCGUGAACGCCUCUAGUUAUAUUCAGAACUCCUUGUUUAUCACUCCGGUAGUGGAUAUCAGACGCAACGGACGUCAGGAUUGCUCAGACACCUUCGUAUACGUGGCCGACGUGUCCGGCUUCGGGCUGUUGGUGGUGGACGUCCUCAGGGACCGCUCCUGGAGGGUCACGCAUAAGCUCUUCUUCCCCUUCCCCUCCCACGGGACCUUCACCAUUGACGGUGAAAGCUUCGACCUGAUGGACGGAGUGCUGGGCAUGGCGCUGUCCCCACACCGCAGCGGUGACCGCUUCCUCUACUUCCAUGCGCUCGCUUCCACCACCGAAAACGUGGUCCGGGCCUCUGUCAUACGCAACUCAUCCUUCAUAGAGGACUCUAAUGCUGACCCACAGUCUAUAAAUGUUUUUCCUGACGAAAGACCAGUCCAAUCAGCCGCCGAAGCUAUGGAUCGAAAUGGCAUCAUGUUCUUUGGUCUUAUGGAACCCCCUAGUAUCUGGUGCUGGAAUUCAGCCACGGAAUACACUCCAAGAAACUUCCAUCAAAUAGCCUUGAACAAGGAGACUCUGCAAUUUGCGAGCGGAGUCAAAGUGGUCAACAAUUUGAAGGGAGAACAAGAAUUAUGGAUACUGACUUCCAGUUUCCAGAGAGUAAUGACUGGAUCAUUGAAUUCUGACAAAGUUAAUUUCAGGAUUCACGCUGAGAAAAUUGACAGGCUCCUAGAGAAUUCUCCUUGUAGGAUCCCCCCAAAGGAUCGGAACCAUGGUUACCAUGCGAAUCGUAUUACACAGAACCACGGUCCCAAACAUAUAACUUACAGAUAUGGCGCUGUAUCAUUUCUUUAGAAAUCCGAGCAAUGUCGGAUCACAUAAUAAGUGGUUUUAUGUGGUAUAAUUAUUGGCCAUUUGGGUUAAACUGAAAAUCGUGCCUUUUACGUAACUGUAGAUAUAAAAAACACAAAAUACGUAACUAAUUUAUAUAUUAUACACAAUAAUUAAUUUAAGUAUAAGUUAGUAAUUUCGUCUAAUAUUAUCAAUGCCUCUUUAACGAGGCACCUACCUACUAAAGUACAUACAAUAGAAUAUAUAAAAAAACUAAUUAGAGUUGCCAUAAUCAGUGUUAAUUUAGAUGUGUGCCUAAGGAAUCUCAGAUCAUUUCGCAAAAUAUACAAUAAUCUAGCUCAUGAACAUGGAACACAGGCAUUUGUAGUUCCAAAACUAUCAUUAAAAUAAGAAAAAACAUCAUUGUAUGUAUGUUUUUUCUGGCCAUCCCUAGAGGAAAAAGGUGCAUUUAGGGCCGCUGUUGUAAUGUUUUAUUUAUCAAUUUAAUUAUUUAUCAGAUCAAUUCAAUUAUUUAUCAAAAUUACCAAAUUAAAAUAAUCACACAAUAAAAAGUUACCAACA